AUGGUUGCUAAGAUGAUUGCUAAUGUGAUUGCUAAGGUGGUUGCCAAGAUGGUGGCCAAGAUGUUUGCCAAGAUGGUUGCCAAGACGGUUGCCAAGAUGGUUGCCAAGAUGGUUGCCAAGAUACAAUCCUCCAUCUUUUUUAUCCUCCUCUUCCAUCUGUGUGCGGCCAAUCAACGCCACCACGAGUCCGUAAUCAAACCCGCUCCUCGGCUCCGGCGUGGUUGGCGUUGGCUGACCUACAUCGACGAGAGAGAGAGAGAGGAGGGGAAAAACUGCCGACUUCAGCAGAAACGAGACGCCGAGGGUCUUUUGUCUUCGGGAUGA